AUGGAGAAUGGAGACCGAGAGAACGCAAAAGCAACAGCCGCCGCCCUCCUUAAGGAUGAGAGUUUCAUCAUUAAGUAUCCGGCGCUGGCUCGGGCUCUCAGAGAGUCUGUGGAGCCGGUGGAGGCUGGCUGUGGCGGCGGGACAUCCAGCCGUGUACCGACUUGUUCAACGGGGCAACAGGAAGCACCUACUUUACCGCUUCCAACAACGGAAGUGCAAUACGAUGGAGCCGGAUUGCAUGCAUCAGAUGGUCAGGAGUCUGCUGUAAAUACCUCCAUUACUGCAGUAGACCGGAGCGCUCCGGCGUUACCUGACGCCGGCGCAACCACACAGGUCCCUGUAGAGGCGCAUCAGCCUUCCAGUGGGACAAAAUUUAACUCAAUAGCAUUGAUACGCAAUAGCGGAGGCACUCCUAGUGCGGAGCCGCAAUUUGCACAGCAGUCCACACCACAGCCUAAGCCGCAGCCUGCAUCUGAUAGCACUCGUGAAGCGCCCUGCAAAAGUGGCUUCCCGCAGGAAGUAGGGGAUGAGACAAAAGCAGCGGCUACUGGGGGAAGCAUACCCACUGUAUCUGGCGAAGAAAAGGCCCUGGACCCUCCGUUGCAUUACAUGAAGCGGCUAGAGGAAUUGCAACAAGGGUACAUGCGUAUCAUGCAACAGCGGAACUCAGUCGAACUACAGUACCAUCUUCUGCACAGCACAGGCCGUCCCCUGAUAGGCACCCGCCAGCAAGGCCCCUUCUCUCUGAGCUCCUCCCCUUCAUUUAUGCUUCCAAGCACCUCAGCUCGUCCUCUAGGGCCAUUGAACGUGAACGAAUGGCAACAGGGCACCAGAGAACAGCAGCAACAGCAACAGGCAAUCAUGCGACUUCAGAGAGUCCCUCCUGGCAUCGCUCCAAAGCGUUCACCGUGGGCACCGACAGAAAGCGCUCUCACAGCACUUCAUCCCACCAGUGGUCCAGAGAGCUUAGCUGACCGAACAGCCUUUCUCUACCAACUGCAGCAGCAUUUGCACCAAGAGAAGCCACGUCCAACAGUCGAUCCUGCAGUUUUGUACGAAAAGACAGGUAUGGACCUGGCUGUUCAUCACCUAAGAGACGAAGCAGAACGGAUGCAUGCGCAGAGCCGUGAUAUAACGAGGGCAAUUACCCAGAAGAAACAGCAAGCCGAAAUGCAGGCCCUCAGAGAGAAAAAUGCACACCCUCUCUUGGCAGAGCUGACGGCACGCGGAGACAUUGCUCUAGCUCAAGCGGAGGCAGCUCGCAUUGAACAGAGGAGCCGCGACGCGUUUUACCACGCAGCUUAUGCUGAGAAUGCAGACCCCGAGUUGGUUAGAGUGCACGCUGAGCGUAUGAAGGAGAUUACCGCCAUUCAAGCUACAAACCCGUUGCCAAAUCAAUCCUUGACGACGCGAGCUGUGGCCGAGGGGCUCGCUGACCCACUGGAUGAAAUGGCAGACCGCAAUGUAGAUUUCAGAGAGCAAAGGCUUUCCGCAGCGGCUGCUCAACUUGCCGUCUCACGGAUGCUGCGCAACUUGGGCUACAGGCAGGACAUAGAGGGUGGUGUACCUGUGCGUCGUGGGGAUGGUCCUGCAACAUGCAAAUCUAAGUUCCCCGGUAUAUAUCCAGAGCCCGAGUAUGCAAAUGCUCUACCUGUAAGUCAGCAAGCUAGACGCGACCUAUUCCGCAAAAUGCAGCAAGAUGAUGGAAAGGUAUGCGCAUUUGGGGACUUUGUGGAGGAGGCCAAUAGGAGAGAGGCUGACAGCAUGGGCGUGCUGAUGGGGGAAGAAGAAAAAAUGAUGGAACAACAGAAAGAAAAAAGGGAAGAAGAUGACGAAUGGGCCAGGAUCUGCUUAAGCAAACUUCACUCAAAGAACAUUGCGCUUCAGGAAGCUGAUGAAGCACGGGCGCAGGCAGAGGAGGCCAAAAGGUCCCUGGAAGAGAUGCGCAGACGAGAGGAGCAGCUUAUAGCUGAGCGGGAUGCCAUGAGUGAACUAGCCCGGAAGCGUGAGGAGGAAGCAGCUCGUGCAAUUGAAGAAGCCGAACGACGAGAAGCAGCUGCUGCAGCUGCAGCAGCGAGCAAAGUUCCAAGCCGUUCCCCUACUCUAACAGUUGAAGCAGCUGCGGGUGGCAUGCCACGGCGCGGUGCAACUGGACUGAGCCGGUCUCGCACAGUUUCGCUCUCUCGGGGCCCGCAUGCACCUUCCGAGCCUCAUGACGGUACCCCUAGCCGAGCUCUUAGCAAGGAUAUGCCAGCAAGUGAUGCAACUCCGCGCCUGAACAAGACAGCACAGGAUUCCUUUGAGAUAGCCGCACCAAAACGGUUGCAUACAGCGAUUCCUCAGCAGGGCAGGCGGAAAGGGGAGGUUUUGAACAACGCAUUAGCAGAGCGACUACCCCCGUACAGAUGCGAAGAGUUCGUCUUUCUUUCCCCCCCUGUCGAAGCUACGACUGUCAAGCUAAAAUUCCUGUACGGACAGCUGAAGAAGGUUUUCUCUUCUGGAGAGUUGGGCAGUUGUGAACAUGUACAGUUGGUGUACGACUUUGCAGUUGGCUGCUGUCAGGAAUUCGUUCGAGAUGAUCCGGCUUCACAGGUUGUCAUCAACACAGAUCUGGUGGACUUGCUUUUGCAACAGAUAGAUGAAUCAUCGGAUUGUGAAGUUGUGGCCUUCUGCAUCCACAUCCUAAUUGUAGCCCGAUCACCUCAUCGAAAGAGCACACAAUAUUCCUUCUUUCUUAAAGCACUGGGAAAGUGGAAACAUGAACCCAUCGUCUUAACGAGAGCAUGUUUGGCCAUAGAUGCAGCUGGGCAGAGGGCUCAGCUUGAGGGCCUGGCAGCGCAUGAGCGGAACAAACAUGGGAGCUCCGGACAACGACUAGAGGAAGGGUACGAACACCUGCGGAGAUCACCCAGUUACGCCGAGGACGUUCAGCUAGGCGAAUCUACCACGCCUAAAUGGAUGCCCGAUGAUGCCAGCGAUGUUGACAAGAUAUUUGGUCGACUGACAUUAAGCAUCAUUAUCGGCGCCCUAAAGGAUAGCAAAGAUGCAUUCACCCUUUGCACCAACGUGAAUGAAUUCAUUGCGACCUUCAGCUAUCACGUGAACUCCUUGGCUGACGCAAGGCGACGAGCUGUCGAACUAGGGGUAAUUGAAGCAAUUAUCAAGAGCAUGACCGCUUGCGCUAACGACGCUUUGGUUUGUGCGUACGGGUGCCGCGCAAUAUCACGUCUGGUUUACAGGGAACCGGACGACUCCAAGAUAUAUGCAGAUCUUAUGAGGACAAGAGCAAUGACAACUGUCCUCUUCGUAAUGUUUAAGCAUUCCUCUGAAUCGUGCCUUGCAGAAGAUGCUCUCAGAUGUACGGCGAACUGUGCAGCGAAUGAAAUGUGCGCAGCUGCCAUCCUGGAGCGCGGCGUUAACGUCAUUUGCAAGGUGUGUUGCCCAUCCCACGAGUGCGUAGACCAUUGA